CACACCACAAAAGUUGAUGGGGUAUCGAUCAAGAAGAAUAUGAUGCGUACAAUGGUUAAUCUACUAUUUAUGCUACUCUCAUGCAGGAGCUAAACCCUGUCCUCGAUCCUCAAGACCUCAACUCCUGCCUACGAGUAGUAGCCACACAAUGGCACAAUAUAUGCCCUCCCGGGAACACGAAGACGGCGCCGAAGCAAACCAAGAGGUCUACCAACGGUUCACCAACUUGGUGUCCUCCUGGCCGGUCUCCCCGGGCCUCUCCGGCUUCCAGAUCUACCGCCACGAAAGCGGUUGGUACACCAGCCUGGCUCCAAUGGUGGGCGCCAUGGUCGCUGACGCAUGCUUCACCGCGCGCCCCUCCGAUAUCGUCGUGGCCACGCUGCCCAAGUCCGGGACGACGUGGAUCAAAGCACUUCUCUACUCCACCAUGCACAGGAAGGAGCACCCCGUAGACUCCGGCGACCACCCGUUCAACUCCGUCAGCCCACACGAAUGCGUCAAGUUCCUGGAGUACCAGCUCUACACGGCGAGCAGGAUCCCAGACAUCGGCCGGCUCCCGGACCCGAGGCUCUUCGCGACGCACGUCCCAUUCGUGUCGCUGCCGAGGUCCGUCCCAGGAUCGGGCUGCAAAAUCGUCUACGUGUGCCGCGACCCCAAGGACAUCCUGGUCUCGCAGUGGAAGCUCUCCAACAAGUUCAGGAUCAGGGACGGGCUGGAGCCGCUCUCCGUCGAGGCCGCCGCCGAUUUCUUCUGCGACGGCUUGUCACCGGGAGGGCCAUACUGGGAUCAUGUCCUUGGGUAUUGGCGCGCGCAUAUGGCGCACCCCGAGCGGGUGCUAUUCUUCCGGUACGAAGACAUGAUUCGGGACCCUGCGGCUCAUGUGAGUAAGCUGGCGGAGUUCGUCGGACGCCCGUUCGACGCGGGGGAGGAGGAUGCCGGUACGGUGGACGCCAUUGUCAGGCUAUGCUCGUUUGAGAACAUGACCGGGCUCGGGGCCACCAAGGAAGGCAAGACCGAGCUCGUGGUAGGCGCGGUGGAGAACAACUGGUUCUUCCGGCGCGGCAUGGUUGGGGACUGGGAGAACCAUCUGCCGCCAGAGACGACACGGAAGAUCGACGCCAUCACCCACGCCAGGUUCAGGGAUUCCGGCCUCCAUGUCUAGCUGUCCAGGAGGUUACAGUAAAAACGUUCGUUUGGAAACUCAUCUUGAAUAAGUUGGAAGUAGUAUAUCUGCA